CCACCUGGCCGUUCGGAGCUUUUACGGCUCAAGCAGUUGAGCUAGCAAGUCCAACCGUGGCGAUUCCUGAUACCUGACAAUAGAUGUCGCAACCUGUUGGCCUCACAGACUCGAGAAUUGUUAUGGCAGAGCAGAGUAACCACGAUGUGGUAAACCAAACCCGGUCGGGCGGCGAUUCUUCGCCUUCCGACGUUCCUGCGAGCACCGCCGACAAGACACCUGUUGGAGGCGACGUUGGGGAAAUGAAUGAUACCGAUACAACGAUACGAGACGAGACGAGGACGAGCGCCCAACAGGGGGAGCCCAUGACGAGUGCUGCAGAAGUCCCGGGCCAGACUGGGAAAGGAGAAGACUCCGAGCAGACGUUGAGUGACACUUCGAAGUACGCUCCUGUGCCGGUCGCGGCACGAGCCUUGGAAAUGAACGGUGUAACAUCCGGAUCAGAUAUUGGGGAGGACACAGCUUCUCAAGGAGGCUCUGAAUCCGACGCAAGUCGUGCGGAGGGCAAACUCCAUGCGCGUGCCAGUUCAAAGAAGCCGACGUCAUUCAAACCCGUAACCUUUGCCAAAUUUUCAGUUCCCAAGGCGCCUGGCACACCCCCCAUCAGCAAACCCUCCGAAAAAGCCCCCUCCUCGACUCUCUCAACCCCCUUAGGCACGCCGCAGUUGACCUCACGACCCCGACUGGUCGUCAAGUCUACCAGCAGCCUACGGGACUCUCUAUCGAAGUCGGGCUCGGGUGCAUCUAAAGCAGGUGGUAGCGGGCCGGAUCCAAAUCAGGUUUGGAACAAAAAUCGACCGGUUCAACAACCCCCACCAAAACACCUGACUGACGAGGAGCUUAAGCAACAGUAUGGUAUACACAUGACUUCUAGGAUUCAAGAAGAUGGCGCGGGUACGGAAUCGAAAUGGGCGGAUAUUGAUGACGACGAAGACGACUGGGCUCCGGAGACAAUCGAAUGGACUGACGGGACGAAAACGAAUCUCACUCAUCCCGAACCUCCCACGGCAGCACCGAUACCGAGUCAAGAAAAGGCCGUCGCAGACUUUAAAAAGGAGUUUCCCUCGGUUGAGCAAGCGGCGCCUCCAAAAGAACCUCCGAAGAUUGUUCCAACCGUUCCCAAAACCAUCACGUCAGUUGGUCCCAAUCCAACCGUCUUACGACUUGGAGCAAACGCAGAAAGACAAGCGAAGAAUGCUGGUAUCAUCGCGAAGGGAACGAGUGACAAGUCAGCCCUGCUAUCGACUAGUCCCGCGCCGCCUCCGGCCAAAUCACCAUGGGCACCUCUGCCCCCGGUUGAGAAAGUAUCACCCGUGAUGCCCCCGAUGCAAGUCCAACCGCCUGUGCGCGCUCCUCUUAGGGAACCUCACGUUGCUGAUGGUUUCACCGGGGCAUUGCCCCCCAAGGAGAUCGCCGCCGAUGAUUUCAAUCGAGCCUGGAGGGAAAUGCAGCCUGGAACCCGCGAACUCUACAAUUCUAGAUCAGGUCGUUAUGAGCCUGCUCCUGAUACCAGGAAAGGAACAUGGCGUGGUGAACAAACUUUCCGUACACCAUCUGUGCUUCAAAGACCAGUAGCAGGCGAUCAAACCGGCCCAGCGGAGCCUUCCGCGGCAUUCCAAACGCAUCGUUCGAGUGGACAAGAUGGUAUGCAUUGGACUCGCCGCCGAACAUCUUCAAAUGUCAGUGGGGGAAGCGGCAGUUUUGGACGUCGGAUGUCGAUUGGUCGACCUGAUGUCGUUCACAAGGCAUUCGAGUCCAGAAGGGGCUCUCAAGUCAAUGGAAUGCCUGAUUCCUCCGUCUUCAACAGAGAACCUCCUAAAGACAUUCAAGCACGUGAUAUUUCUCCUGAGCGACGUGGUCCUGGCCCUUGGCCUGCACGGGGUCCUACUCACGUUCAAGACAGAACUUCUACUGCACCCACCGAGGUGAACCAGGCGGCUGAUGAGCAGACGGCAGUGCCGCAAGUGCCUCAGGAAGAUCCCGUGGCAAUGCAGGAACGUAUCAUGAAGGAGAAGAGAAUGGAAGCUCGCCAGCGGAGGCUAGAUCAGGAGAAGGAGGAAGAAGCUGCGAAGCGUGAGAGAAUUCGGCAAAAGCUUGAGGCGCUUGGUCCUCCACCGGAGAAACCGAAGUCACUACGCAGAGAAUCAGUUGACACUGGCAAGCCAGAAUCUAUCGGCCAACAAGCCACCGCACAUGUUCUACAUUCUCCUCCAAAACCUCCCGUUCCUGAACCAAGUGGAGAGCCCAAGCAGUACGGCAUGAUGAAAGUCCACCAUCCCGACACUGUGAAGAAAUUCGCUGAGAGGGAAAGAGCAGCGGAUAAACCUGUUGUUGCGGCUGGUGCGCGACGCACAUCGUCUCCAGCUCGUGAGGCCAAACAAGACGUACCCCUGCCGAAUGGGACUCAGCAAGGCAACGAGAUGCAAGCUCCAUCUUCCGACAAGCUGCCGGAAGCCAAGAUUGAUGAGCAAAAUCCACAAUGGAGGGGCAACAUCAAUCCUCCGAGCUCAUAUUUACCGUGGUCACCGAAUCCCAAAUUCGUGAACACCGCUCCUCCAAUCGCAAAUCCUUGGAAGCCUCUUAGCAGCGAUAAAACUCUAGGCAAUGGGAUAUUCGAACAAAGUCUUGGGGGUUUCCCAGCAAGGGACAUCUCACUACGAAGUCUCGGUCUAGAUCAGCCACCCAUUGCACCUGCUCAGCCUUUCUCCGCGCCCGCGCGAUCUCCGCAAGAAACUGCGUCAGUAUCUCCACUACCAUCACCCGAGGUUCGUCAUGUUCCUUACGAGGUUAUCAACCCUAUCGGGCGACCUGGGCCCAUUGGACCUCCUAGCUCGCAACAUACGCAACAUCGUCAACAUGAGAAUCGUGCUCCCGGUACUGCUGCCUGGAACAAUUUCCAUGCGGUUGCUUCGAAGCGUGAGGCGGAAGAGAACGAGAAGCUUCGCAACGAAAUGAGUGCUCUACCACAGGGGCCUUCGUCGCUCCAGGUCACCUUCAACGAGACUUGGCGCCAAGUCCGGACAGGAGACCAGGCUGGACAGAGACAAGUCGUUGGAAUUGCAAGACCGACCGAGAAUAACGCUCCUCUUGCAAAUCCUCUCCCUGGGCUUGAACACCCUGUUAGCAAUCUUCCUUUUGCGGACACGCACGCACGCCCUCUUGGUAGUGUCCCAGUGCGUAGUUCACGCUUCUUCCCGCAGGCCACGGAGACACCCCGAAAGCCGAUGGCUGACGAGGCCGAAUUCUACCGGAGCCCUUCGCCACCUCCCCCCGAAGAGAUGUCUAGCCAUCCGGUGUACACAGGUGAUUGCAGCAGACCUUUGGUUCAUCUCCCAGCACCAAAGCCUAUAGUUAAGCUUCCCCCGAAAAUUGUCGCACCGCCGCCGCCGCCGCCAACAUUCGCAUCCAUGGUUGCUGCACCUCCUCGCACUGGCCCGCAGCAUGGCACGACAGCGACUUCCUGGCAGGAGAAAAUCAACACUUUGUUCGGAAAGAAAACAGUACCUGAAAAGAGAAAUGCUCUAGCAGUCACAUCGGCGACAAAGGAGCCACUUGAUGUCCAACUUCAUGUUGCUGCUGUCUCGGUUUCUCUCCCGUUCAACAUUGAGCUCAUGAUUGGGGACGGUGAAGUAACUGCGAAGCAGGUAGAGGAAGCAGAGGAAAUGUUUGAAGAUCGAGAAGCAGGAUCUCUGCCGGUUGUUAGAGUGCCGACUCACGCUCCUCCAGCAGCUUGGCAAGCUGCGCUACCACCUACGCAGUCGAAGCUGCGGGCCAAGAACUUGAAGUCAACGCAAGUUCACAGCAUUGAGCCGUUCUCGGUCGGUCUCCAUGAUAGAGAUGGCUCCGGAUAUAUCCGUGUGAUGAUUCGACUUCCCGGUGCUCUUGUCGCGAAGAAUGUGUCUCUUCCAAAGAAACUGGGGCCGCUCAACCCUCGACCGCGCAAUUCCACAACUUACAAACCUCGUAAAACUGCAAAGCCUCGCGAGGGUUCCGGGAGUUCAAUCGCUAAGAAGCCUAACUCCAGUCAACAGACGAAUGGCGGCAGCUCCCCACGACGUCAAUCUCGGAAUGCAUCCUGGGGCCCUCGUACGUUCAGCGGGUCCCAGUAAACUGGUUCUUUUGGAAUUUUCGCUGGCUUUUGCUGGUUGCCAGAUGUUCAUUGAGCGUUCAUUUCGGUAUUGAUGAGCUACGCCUGCGGGGGAUAAAUUCGUCGGUCUGGGUUCGG